AUACACGCCCAUAACGUAUCCCAACAAUAUAUGGUCUUGGCGGGUUUGGAAACGGCCAUUUUCCUUUAUAGCUCGCUCAUGGAACUUUUAGGCAAAUAAGUUUGAGGCAUUCUUGGCGGGUUAUUUUCAUCUACUGGUCCCCUUUGGAACUAUCUGUACAUUCAAUCUUGAACUACAGGAACCAGGAGCUCCAGUGAAGACCCUUCCUUUUCACCAAACAUUCUUUUACUAUUUCCCAUGUAGGGGGUUUCAGACAGAUAUUUGUCAUUGUUGUUAUAUCUAUAUCCUGAUUAAUGCUGUAAUCCAUCGUAACAAUCAGAGUGUCAUGGAAUACAUAUCUCUGAACACAGUGGACAUGGCAUAUCACUUUUAUCCCAUGGUGAUGAAUAUGACAUAAAAAGGAAUUGCACUUCCGAUAUGGCGAACGUGCUCCUACUGAGGUCUGGUGACGUGGAGCCCAACCCGGGUCUAAAUACCAAGCUUGAAUAUCUAGGUGAGCAUGAAUUGUAUCUCCUUGCUGACGGUAUGGAUCCAUCAGACUUUAGGAAGGUUGGGUUGGCUCUAAAAUUCACUGAGGCUCAACUAAGUCGUUUCGAGAGAGAUAAUAUUGGCAACAUAAUGCUAGCUACAUACAAGAUGCUUUGCGAGUGGUUGAAGACAGUACGGCAACAAGAAGCGAGGGAGAUACUAUCAAACAAAUUAAAAGACAUCAGUCUGGUACAACUGGCCGACAGUGUACAAAAAGGCCAGGCCGGUGAUCACAUACCAUCACUGACAGAAGAGGAAAUCAAACGGGUCAUCAAAGAGGUCAAAGAAUAUUCUGCACUUCAUCACUGUCAGAUUCCAGCAGAUCCACUGAAUAGCAGUCUUCUAUUUCAAUUAGACCAGAUCUUCACCAAUUUAACGUUGAUAGCAGAAGGCCGUGGAACAACCCUAAAGGCACCGCUACUCUACGCAGACCUGCUCAAGACUAAAGUCAACGGAGUCCUUCCUAAACGUUUGCUUGUUGAAGGUGAAGGUGGUGUGGGGAAGACAACUCUUUGCUCGAAGAUUGUUUGGGACUGGAUUCAUGGAGCUGGCUACCAAGAUUUCAAACUGGUUCUUCUCGUCCUUCUACGUGAUUUAGAGGGUAAGACUCUUGGAGAGAUAAUAAAGUCUUACCUCCCAGACGACAACAUGGUUACAGCAAUGCAGCUGAACAAGUACGUCUUCUCACAUCAGAGAGACGUCUUUCUUGUUCUUGACGGGCUAGAUGAGCUAGCUGGCGAUCUUAACAGCUCUCAUCAAAUCGCCCUUAUCAUCCUCAAUCAGGUGUUCAAGUCAGGGAUAGUGCUAAUCACGUCUAGAAGAUGGCGAUCAGAUGAGAUACGGAUAAAUUCGGAUCUUAGAAAGGUGUAUGCUUUCAUUGCCGUCGAAGGCUUUUCUGCUGACAAUCUUUCUUCCUACAUCGCUAAGUUUUUUCAUCCAGACACAACAUCAGCUGAGGACUUGAAUCGAUUUAUUUCAAACAACGGUGUGAUCAGAGAGAACAUGGCUCCCUUCCCGAUAUACACAGCUAUGCUGUGCAUCAUGUGGAAAGACUUCGACGGCGAACGCCGUGAAGCAAUGUCCAAGCUUCAAACAUUUUCCCAACUGUUUGAUGAGAUGAUCCACUUCUUAGUAGAUCAUCAUCUUUCCAAGCUAAAUAUGUCUGCUAGUAAUAUGGAUGGAGAAAUGGAUAGGAAACGGAAGGACAUUCUACGUCAUCUAUCCAAUAUCGGUUGCCUAGCCUUGCAGGGGCUCCAUGAAAGGAGACUGGUGUUCACUGAAGAAGAAUUUCAGAGAUUGCCGGGUUCUGUGGAUACAGGUUGCCAAGUCGGAGUACUCACUAAACAAACGCAAACUCCUUCUCGGAGAGAAAGAAGACACCAUUCUCAUUCUGCAGUCUCAUCUGUCCAGUUCCCUCAUAAGCUGUUUCAGGAGUAUCUAUCAGGGAUGUAUCUGGCAUCUCUUCACAACUCAAACAGAAGUGAGUACGACGGGUUGAUGAAGGAUAUAAUCGGAAAAGCAAGUGAAUUCCGUGAGCUUCUGUACUUCACCUCAGCCCAACAGAAGGAGGUCGGAUUGGAUAUCAUAACUCGUCUCAUAGCAUCCACGUCAACACAACCCAUGCUAUAUGGGGAUAGCGGUGAUGACUACAUUGUCGAUGUAGCAUAUGAGAGUCAAGACCAAACAGUAGCCAAAGCAGUGGCAGAUCAUCUAUUGACUUCAUCCAGCGAGACACUUGAGAUCGGGGAAGAGAUGCCGGCGCACACAGAAGCGGGACAUAUCUUCAUCAUGAAUCAUCGUAAAGUGGCAUGUGGAAAGAUUGAUUCAGAGGACCUGGCUGACUUCAGGUGCUCCUCAUCCACUCUGAGAUCAGCAUGGAUCGCUAUCUCUUCGGGCCAAGGAGAGGAUAUGCAUGAUGAUUUCUCCGCGGUGCUUGCUCAUAACGCCACUCAAUCGAAGAUUGAGCUUCUUGAGAUAAAGUACAUUGAUCUCAGUCAACGUCUGUCUUCAUCACGUGAUCUCGCUCAGUUAAUUUGUAAGAUGCCUAAUCUCAGGGAACUUUGUCUCGGUGUAGAAUUAACAUCCACCGGUCCCUCACUUCAUGAAGAGUUCUAUUCAACGUUGUCAUCAUUAGCACCAUCUGCAAAGGUAUCAUUUCCACCUUCUCAUUUUUUUAACGGAAAUUAAAUAACAAUUUGCCCCAAUUAGUACAGCCACAAGGGAUGAUCAUAUUAUUCUGAUAAUCAUGAGUUAAUUUUACCUUCCAUCUGUCCAUAUUCACAUCUGUUUAAUGUGCAAUUUGUAUAUACAUUUCUACUUAAUACAUGGUUGAUUAUGCAGCUAUGCAGCAUGCAUACAUUAUACGAAAUGACCAGUCUUUCCUUCUGUAUGUAACAUAAUUUUAAGCCAUGGUUAUAUGACACCUUGAUAGAUCCUUGUCGUUUGAUUGGUUGUUUGAUUUCAAUCAUUCAGCCCAUUUUACAAUGACGUCAUCAACCGUGCAAUUUUGGAUCCAUACGAUUUUGUCCACUGCACGUGCGCAUGUUGUAUGUACGCGACAAUCAACAGACCGAGCAUAUUUUGCCUCGAAAUUCAUAAAUUUCAUUAUUAAAAAAUAUAUAUUUGUAGGUGUCAUAUAAACCAAAUAAUGAACGUUAUUAUCAUUCGUGCAACGGACAUAAUACUCAAUUCGGUGAAGGGUGAAAUGAAUGAUCAAUUCAACUCGGCUACGCCUUGUUGAAUUGAUCAUUUCAUCUUUCACCUCAUGAAAUAUUCUGUUCAUUGCACUCAUUAACAUUCAUGAAUAUACUAUCGAUGUAAAAAUAAGAAGGGGGAUGUCUUCCAGCUCGACUCUCUUCCGCUGAAGGUAGAAUAGAGUGUAGUGGUGGAUGACGUAUUUUUUGUUUUUUCGUCAUCUGUUACUACUAGUAUUCCAGAUUGAGUGUCUUGAUAUCACACGUAUUGAUCUCAGUCACCCAAAUCCAAAUAUAAAAAUAUUGGUGCCUUUGCAUCAUAAUUACAUGAUAAACAUGGUUUUGUUGAAAAACAGCUGUUUAAUAUUGAUUGUUAUGGCAUCUUUAUAUUCUAGCGAUAAUUGGUGUGUAUUAUAACUUUUGGCCUUUGACCCUUGAGAACUGGCAAAGGUCAAUAAACUUUUAUAAUAUUGCAGUACAAUUAAUUUCAGCACAGUGCAUUUCCAUGAAGUCCCCAAAAGUACCAGUUUAUAAAAUCGAAGUGGUAGAAAGACGUCUAAUUUGCCAAAAAAAAAAAUGGCUGCCACCGUGAGAAUCUUUCAUGAUUAAUCGUAGUAGUACAAACACUGAUCUGAUCCUAGCACUUUAAAAAACAUGAUUUAAGCAUUAACCUUUCACUAUUGCUAUAUCUUGUCAUAAUAUCCAUUUUGAAAUUGAGAUGUAAAUUUUCAGAUUUGACCUCUGCUAACCUUUAGAGGUAUAUGACCUGAAUGUUCACGACCUUGAAAUAUCAUACAAAUUGAAGUUUUGCAUCAUUUGUUCAUAAUAAUAGAUAUGGUUCUAUUACAAAAAGGGGUUAUUUGGUAUUGACUUUCAAGGUACCCUGAUAUUCUAGACAGAUUUCGUGUAUCAUAAGCCUUAACCAUUGACCAUCAAUAGCUGGCAGAGGUCAAUGAACUAACAUUUCAGAAUAUUGACAAUUAGCAUCACUGGUUAAUAAUAAACAUGAAUGUCAUUU